CUACACCGUAGCAGACGCACCGCUUCACGCAGUCUCUGGUAACCGUAGGAAACAAGAAAGGAUAUCUACUUGAGCUAUGGUUGGAGAGAUUUCUAACAAGAGAAACAAGGAGGCGGUGGAAGAGGACGUGCAACGGCUGAGGGACUGGCUCGACAAGCAGCCCCAUCUCCCUCACGAUGUUGAACAUUUUCUCAUGUUGGCAUUUGUCUGUGGCACAAAGACACUAGAAGCAGCCAAACGUAAGCUGGAUGCCUAUUACUCAAAUCGUAAUAGGGCGGUGAAACUUUACGAUGAGGUAACCAGAGACGUGAACGCACAAUUCAGAGAGAAAUCUAGAGCAGUGAAACAGUUCUUGUUGACGAACACCACUCCUGAAGGCUACUUAGUGUAUUUUGUAACACUGAACGAUUGCUUUAGCAAAGCGUUUGACCACCCCCACGAGGGGGCGCGGAUGCUCAUGUUGCUGGAGGUCGCGAUGAAAAAGUUUGCAGAUUUGAAUGGAUGUUAUGCCUUCUUCGACUGUACUGGAUUUCCUCCUUCAGCCUUAACAAUGUUCAGUCCUACCGUCGUAGCCUCUUCUUUGGGUUGUUUUCAGGAUGGGUAUCCAAUUAAGUUUAAGGGAUGCUGCGUUUUCAAUGCUCCUCCUUUAGUUGAAUUUAUGGUGAACAAGUUGGUUAAGCCGGUGAUGAAAGACAAGUUAUUUGACAGGAUAAAAGUUGUCAACGAUGGAGCGUCAUCCCUAAAAGAUUACAUACCAUUAGAAAUGUUGCCUUCCGACUACGGUGGCAAUGAUAAAUCUUCCGCAGAACUAAAUGAUUACUGGUUGGAUCAAAUGGAAGAAAAUAAAGAAUGGUUAAUGCAGUCUUCAAAACAAGUCUCAGACGAGAAGAAGCGUCCUCCAGACUCCCAGAACACUUACGGAAUUGACGGCACCUUCAGGAAACUGGCCGUAGAUUAAAUCAAAGGAACGUAGUCACCACAACGAACUCAUUAGAUUUUUUUAUUUUUUAUUUUACGUGUAAACACCUUUUUUACAUAUAAGAUAGUCACAGAAAUAUACUAGAUUUGAGUAUUGUUAUAGAAUAAUUCAUAUUUUUCAAUGUAUAUUUCUUGCUUUAAUGUACGUAGCUAUUUAGUUAUAGAAAAUAAUUGUAUAGUUGUUAUAGAUUUAUUACAUUUUUUUUAAGCACUUUUUCACUACUGUGGUUGUCAUUGACCUAAAUAUUAUUUAAGAUAUUUUUC